UUUUAGCUUUAGUUUCACACUUUCAACUUCUCGCUUUCAGCUCCUAUAAAUAACAUAAAAAUCGUUAGUAGUUUUAAAAUUCUUAGUGACCUAACUGCGAUGGAAGAUGUCCGCACCUUGCGAUACGAUAUCCAAUGGGAAGUUUUUGAGGGCAUGCAAAUAGUCGACAUCAAUUCGAAGCAUGUACUACGACAUGGUGAUCGAGUUCAUGUGGUCCCAAUCGUUUUUGAAAAGUCUAGUCUAUGAGAGCCUGGGACUAUUUGAUUUGCCGAACAUGAAAGAGACGUAUUCCUGGUAUGUGCGCCACAUCCUGCGAAACGAGUGCUCCGUGAUGAUGAUCAGCGAGGACGAAACGCAAAUAAGAGCAGUGGGCUUGCUGGAAUGGAUGACCGAGGAGUGGCACUCCUGGGUUUUCUUUCCCUCUUCCCUGCCGCGGAAUCUGUUCCAGCAGAUCAUUAUGAUGAAGAAGGAGCUCAUCGAUGCGACCAAGGCGAGCCUGGGCGUCUCCACCUACGACGCGCUGUUCGUCCACGAGAUCGCCUUUCCGGAUGAGCUCUACUUCAACCAGGACUUCCUGGCGACCAUCUUCGAUGUGUUCGGCUUCGUGGCCCAGCACAUGCACAUGCCGCGGGUCCACUUCAUCGCCCUGAGCUCCGUGGACCAGGAGGCCGCCAGUCUGAUCGAGUACGAAGAGGUCGGGCGGACCAUCUACUCGAUCUACAAGGUGGGCAACACCCGUCCCUUUGACAUCCUGCGCGAGCUGGACGAGAUGUACGCCCUGCUGUUCGAGCUGGCUGUCUCGCCGGUACAAAAGUACAUCGAAAUGCCCGGAUUCGAGGCGUUCCACGAGGCCCUGGACGCCAGGCUGGCCAAGGAGGCAGCCGAAAAGCGACACGACGACGAUAUCUGAUAUGUUUUUCCGCCGUCAUCUGCACAUAAAUGUCUGCCUACUCUUGGGCUGCAGACUCGUUUUCCCCUGCUUCACUUGGAAAAGUACUUAAUUGCAGGCACCAGGGGAGCGCCAAUUUCGGGGGGUGGACAGGAGGUACGUCUCCAACUAAUCAGUGAUAAGCCUAUCAAUGCGAUCCCCAUUCCAUUGCGAUAGUGCUGCACAGAGAAAAAUCAGCUUGCGUUAACCUAAUAAGAUCCAUUUAACAUUUCUGAUAAAUUUAUAAUAUCAAAUAGAUUUGAAUAUAGAAUG